AGGGCUCUGUACUGCAGACGCAGCUGCAUUUUUCUUUUAAAGCAGUAGGACAAGUUAGACCUUUCUGCGCUGAAGAAGCAACACUGGAAACAAAAAUGAUGAGCCGUUCAAUCGUUUCUCUUAUAUUUGUGAUGCUAUUAGUGAGACUGUCAUCAGCAUUCCAACAGUAUGGAGAAGAUUCACAGCACCCAUGGUGUUCUAAUACAUUGAUGUCUUGUGAUGUCAGUGAAGAGGAAAAGGUGAAUAUGGUGGAUCCCAUCUUCAUGCAGUCUGCAAUUGAACUAGUCAAGAAUGACCAAGGAAACCUAUCUAUCAACCAGGAGGCUUUGAAAAUCCUGUCAGCAAUCGACAUGCCUGUGGUUGUUGUUGCAAUUGCUGGGAGGGCACGGACUGGAAAAUCAUAUUUGCUAAAUCGGCUUGCGGGAAAAAGAAAAGGUUUCUCAUUGGGAUCUACCAUUCAAUCUCACACUAGAGGUAUCUGGAUGUUGUGCCUGCCCCAUCCCAAGAAAACAGAUCAUGCUCUUAUUCUUUUGGACACAGAAGGCUUUGGAGACCCGGAGAAGGGUGAUAAUGAAAAUGACAAUUCCAUUUUUACACUGAGCAUUCUCCUCAGCAGCGUGUUUAUAUACAACAGCAGAGGCAACUUGGACCAAAGUGAGCUUGAAUAUCUUCACUUUGUGUCGGAACUCACAAAACACAUUCAGCUGACAAAGUCAAAGAAAAACAAUGAAGAAUGGGAAUAUAUAGAUUUCUUUCCAGAUUUUGUAUGGGUCGUCCGAGAUUUAACCCUUGAGAUGACUAUCAAUGAGGAAAUUGUGUCAGCUGAUGAGUAUCUGGAGCAUAUUUUGAAGCUUAAGAAUGGAACAAAUGAGAAGACUGAAAAGUUUAACACUGUGAGACGCAGCAUCCGUGAUUACUUCCCAAAAAGGAAAUGCUUUGGGUUUGUUUGUCCAACUACCAGAUUUAAACUUAAGCUCCUUGAUGAUCUUUUGGAUGAGGAACUUGAUCCAGAAUUUGUUGAAGAAUUUGAACUCUUCUCCCAUUACAUUUAUGAAGAGGCCAAAACCAAGAAAGUUGAAGGAGUUCACAAAGUCACUGGAAGAACUUUUGUAUCACUCAUUGAGAGUUAUAUAGCAGAACUUAACAGUACACAGAAGUUCUGUGUGGAAAGUGCAGUUACCCAAGUGGCUGAAAAAGCUAACCUGGCUGCCCUAGAAAAAUCCCUGGAUUUCUACAGAAAAGGGCUUGAAAAGUUCUCUUCCAGUUCCAUUGAUGACCUCACUGAUUUACAAAAACAAUUAUACAGAAGAGCUCUUAAAAUCUUUUUGAAGAAUUCCUUCCUAAAAGACAGCCAGGAAUACCUUGUUAAGUUAAUGAUGACUACAAAAAAAUAUAAUGAAGAAAAAUUGAAAAAGAUGCAUGAGACGUCAUUGGAAAGAUGUACUGUAUUAAUAAAAGAUCUUAAAAAGGACUUGAUUAACAAUCUGAAAUCCGGAAAAUACAGCAGACCUGGAGGAUAUGCUGAGUAUAUGACAGAUCUACAGUCCAUCAUAACAGAUUUCACUGCUGAUACUGAAGAAGAAGUCCAGGCCAUCACUGUUCUUAAGAGUUUUACCGAAGAAAUGAAUGUGAUUUCUGAAACAAUCAAAAAUACUGACAACAUCUUAUCAGAAAAGGAAAAUAAAAUCAAUGAUUUCAUUAAAAAGUAUCAGCGAAAGUUGGAGGUGAUUGACAAAGAGGGACAAGACAAAGAACAAUGUAAAGAAACCAUGAGGAUGGUGAGGGAGGCAUUAUCUGAAGAGAAAGAGCAGUUUAAGGAAAAGUGCAGGUACAACCAAGAAAGGAAAAGGGCUGAGAAGGAGAAAUACUACAAUGAGGGAUUCAAGAAAGAGGGCGAGAAGAUGGAAGAAGAAGAAGAAUUUUACCAUCAAAAGUUGAAGCAGACAGAUUAUUGGUCAUAUCUGGACUAUGCCUACAAGUUCUUGAAAUUUCUGUGUAUGCAUUUUUCCAAAUUUAUUUCUUAUAUUCCUGGAUUAAGUUACUUUAGUUUUUGUGUUCCAGCUUUUGAUAUAGCAGAUUUACUUAUAAUUUUAAAUCAAAGAAAUUGACUAACAUUAAAAUCUGACCAAAUAUCUGCAGCACAUCAUAGAAACAACUCCUUGCCAGACUUGAAUAGGAAUUCAUGUUUACAAUUAAAUUAAAAAAAAAAUGUGUUUAUUGCAGGACUACCGACACAUUAAUACUUACUUCAGUGAUAUUUUCCAUGUGCAAUGCCAGAACUCAGUGAAACGUUUAUGCCAUGGAGCAACCAUCACCGUGAACAUCAUCUCCAGCACUUUACUCCUACUGUAGUGUAUAGCUUGAGCUGCAGCAUGGAGAGUCACAACAGGGUUUUGCUGGAACAUUCCAUUGGUUAUUCUAACAGUUUACUUGUAUUGGGUUAUCUUCACAAUUAAAAUUCUGUAUGAUGUCAGGAAUGUAUUCAUUUAUUUUAUGAACUUACCUACGCCAGUACAGGACCAUUGGAGGCUGGAGCUUAUCCCAGCAGCGAGCCAACCUUGGUGAGAUCUCCAUGAUUAUUAAAUUAAUAACAUUUGAUACAUUCAGACAGGUUUAAAAAUGACAUGUAUGUAUAACAUGUGUUUAAACACGGUGCAUUCGGGGACAGUUUUUAAAGUUGGAUCAUUUUAAAUUUUUAUUUACCUCAUCAAACAAUCACAUUUUUCUUUAUUAAGUAUUUUUCUUACAAUUAUUCAUAUCCACAAUUAAUAGUGAUCAUGUAAUAUAAUUACAUGUGUUAGUAAAAUAAGUAAAAUGCAUAUGUUUAUUAGAAUUUUACAAUAUCAUAGUUAAAAAACAAGCCCAAAUAGGCUAGUAAUAGAAAUAGCUUGUAAAAAUAGUAUUUUUGUAAGACUGUUAAUUGAUUGUUUUAGAGGAUCUAAGGCUAAUUGUACUUCAUAUUUUAAAAACUUUAACCUUUUGAAAGAAGUACCCGAUGGAGAGUUAAAGUCUAUGUUUUAGUCUCAAGAUAAUCAUGAAUAGCUGGUCAUUGUGAGACUUUCCAGAUACACUAAAGUGUGAGAUAAAAUUUGGAAUCAUAAUCUACAGAUAAUGCAGCAGUGAAAUUGUUUUUAUUUUAACAUAAAUACAGAGUACAUAUUUAUUUAUUAUAUUAUAAAGGUUUAUAGAGCCACACUUAUUUGUAAAUAAGUGACAUUUGCUUUCUUUGCAUGCAUUUUUUACUUUUAUGAUGAUGAAGGUCAUUGAACUUACCUAGCAGGCCAUCAAACAGCAGGAGAAGUGAGGUGCUGUUGCAGAGGUUCAUGCCAGCUGCUGAUAUGACGUUGUGUCCUUGGCUGUGUGCACCACUUUACUGGCUUUUCACUAACUUAUAUUAGGGAUCUAAUUUGCCAUCAGCAGGGACUAUUAAACAAGCUAAAGUGGAAAAUAUACAAAAUAUACAAACUGAAGUAACCUCUCUUAAGGUAAAUUUGAAAGAGUAAAUUAAUUGGUAAUACAGUUUCACAAAAUGUUUCUCUGUUUUAAGACAGACAGUUGAGAAAAUUUGCCAGUGUUUUUUAAAUGGGAACUUUUUUUCAUUUUCAAAAAUUUCUACAGUCCCCUAUAUCAAGAUAUCUCAACAAAAAUGGAACUUUUCCAACAAAUGUUAACUAAAUUGGUCCACUGGGAAUUUUUCUUUUUUUCUUUUUAGAAGAACUGAUAGACAGACAAUACAAUAGGUGCUUUCCACAUUUUAUGCUAAUGUAUCUAAAAAACAAUAUUCUGGCAGAAGUGGGUUAAUGUGUUCCUUUACAAAGAGCACCAAAUGAUCCUAAGAAAAGGGAUUGUACCCUGUAAGCAUGAACUGUAAACAAUGAAUGUCCCAAAAAAUGUUAUUUCUGUUUCAGCAUAUGGCAAGAAACACUUAGUGAACACUGUUCUAGCGCUACAGUAAUUAGACCUAUAACUUGAUUUAGGUCCAAAAUGUAUUAACGGAAUCUUGAGUUUGAGAAUAGAAGCAUUUGUGUUUGCUGUAUUGGUGUUAGCAGUGGGAUGCAAGGAGUCGCUGCAGGUAUCUGAGGUUGAAAUACUUGUUCCCAACCAAGGAAGUGGACUGCAAAUGUUAAUACUCUUCUAUAUGGUAAAUGGCAACAACAAUGAUGUGAAUGUCACUGAAGGAAUGAGAAUAUAGCUUUAAUAUUUAGUUCACUUCAUUUGUAAAGAAGGUAUGAAACAUGAAGCACAUAAGAAAAGAAAUGCAAGUCAGUUUUAGUAUGCAUGCCCACAAGAAAUUUGUAUUCUGAAACUGUUACAAUUUAUAAUGCAUAAUCUGCAUACUCACACGAUUUAUGAAAUUGCUAUCUACUGUUACGCUAUUUUUAAAAAAAAUAGUUUUAAUAUGUCUUCAACAUUUUUGGGUUUCUUGAAAUGGAAGAUAAAGAAAUAUUUUUAAGUUGUUCAUUUGAAUUUACUGACCUAAAUUUAAUGAUUAAAAUCAAAAUAGCUGUUGUACUGUAUAUAUUGUAAUUUUCUUUGAAUUGAUUCAGAAUCUGUUUUAGAAUAAAACUUAUCACAAGUUUGAUCUUUGUGCAUAUACACCUUUAUUGGAAACAACUGCAUUAAAAUAAUAAACUAAUAAUAGUGUAAUCAAACUGAUAGCUAUGAGAAUUAGAUCAUGCACAUCACAGGACCAUCUCAAAGAGUGUAUUCUACCAUGUGAUUGCAGUACAACAUAUUUGCAUCAAUAGGUCCCAUCUCUGCUGUUUAACUCUUUCCAGGUGGGUGCUGACCUAAUUCAACAUAAAGGUUAGAAGGCUGAUGUCCACAAAAGUCGACAUCAAGGAGUAGAAGAAGACUAAGCUCAGAGAAAAGCUGUAUUUAGUAU